AUGGAAGAGUCAGAUUUACCAGGAUCACACCCAAAUGAACAAAACCAGCAACCAACAAGAACACCUAAGUUAUGGUUCUCCUCCUCCACUAGCGUCCACAUUACAGCACUAGACGGCAUAGUGAACGUCAACGCCCUCUUCACCGUCGCCGUCUUCAUCGGACUCAGUCUCACCCCAAAUUCAUCCGACCAAAACAGACAAAGCAACAACAACAAAUCACCGUGCAUUCCUGACAAUGAAGCGGCCAGGAAUCUUGUCGUCUAUGAUGUCGUCUCCUUCAGCUUCUUCCUCUUCUCAUCUGUCAUCGCAGUAAAAUAUUAA